AUGCACGCGCCAGUCAUUGCCCCCUUCUUUCUCAUUUGCUAUUCAAUUCUUGCAGUUAUUGGAGCCCCUGCCAACUUGCUGGCAAUCAUUGUCCGAUAUCGAGGACGGUGCAGUCUCUCCCGGUGCAUCUCCUACUACCUGGUGGCGAUCGCAGUGACAGACUUUCUUGUCAUCAUCUUUGCAGUCAUCCUCAACCGAAUCAGCAGCUUCUACUUCCGGGAAAGUGUCUUGUCUACCACUCCUGCAUGCACUCUCAGCAUCGUGGUAGUCUUUGCCAUCUGGGAUUGUUCGGUCUGGCUGACAGUUGCCUUUACCUUCGACCGUUUUGUGGCCAUCUGUUGCCAGAAAUUGAAAACCAGGCACUGCACAGAGAAGAUGGCGUCAUUAGUCAUCGGGAUAGUUUGUGCAUUGUGCUGCAUCAGGAACAUCCCAUUCUACUUUAUCUAUGAACCCAUACACGUCUUAGAUGGGAUAUCCUGGUUUUGCAACAUCAAAGCCAAUUACUACAUCCAGCCAGCUUGGCAGGUUUAUGAUUGGUUCUUCCAGAUGUAUACUCCUUUUCUCCCAUUCUUUGCCAUUCUGCUGCUCAAUGCCCUGACCAUACGACAGAUCGUAGUGGCCAACAGAGCCCGCAGGAGGCUCCAGGGCACAGAGAAGCAGCAUGACUCAGAGAUGGAGAACCGCAAGAGGUCAAUUAUUCUGCUGUUCGCUAUCUCUUUCAGUUUUCUCCUCCUGUGGGCCCCUCUUGUUGGACAUUUCAGCUUCACGAAGCUUACAGACGAGGGUUACUAUGGUGGCCUUGAUUUCAGUGACCCUCGGUAUAUCUUCCAAGAGGCAACCAAUACACUUCAGUUACUAAGUUCCUGCAACAACGUCUUCAUUUACACAAUAUCUCAGAAUAUGUUUCGAGAGGAUUUGAAGAAUGUUCUGAUCUACCCAUUUGCCACCCUCAUUAAUUGCUUUAAAUAA